AUGUAUAACGCUGACUACUUUGGCAGCUUCCAUGACUUGGAAGGCAGUUGGAUGGACCCUGGCGAAUUUGAGAUGGACUGCGGGUACCAGGAUGAUGCGCUCCAAGAAAAUUUUUGUGACCAGACGCCGUUGCCGGAGGAGUGGAGAAGUUUUGCUCCGACUGAAGAUCCGUGGGAAUUUCAGCAACAGCGAGCGGAGUUCAUGCAGGAGGAGGAAGCGGGGCCAUCUUCUGAGUUCCGUGCGUGUGAGGUGCCGGAAUUGUCUUUUCUGGAUCAGUUCCUUGCGGUUGUUGAGCGUGUUUUUCGGCAGUGUUUGCGAACGAAGCUGGGGCUUCUUCUGGAGGUGGGAAUCCCGAUUCUAUUUUUCUGCAUCACCGUUUUUCUGUGGUCCCUCUGGGGCACGGAAAAAUUCACUGAGACAAAUUUUGUGAAUUACUCCCAUAUGCAGUCAUUUAUUGAUGCGGAUUUCUACAUGUUCUAUGUGUGCUCCCGUACCCCAGGCGGAGUGCACGGUCUCCCUCCUUGUAAUCCAGGAGUUCCCCUUGAUUGCAAAGGUGACGAGAGCACAUUACCCGUCAAAGGCCUCUGCGUGUACGCCUCGGUUGGCGCUUCACUCUUGUUGCAUGCAUUUUUGAAUUCCUUUAACGGCCGCAUUGCCGAGCUCCCCACACUGGAUGCCAUUGUCGUUUUUCAGUGGUUGGCGCGCAAGAGUUUUAAAAUGGAUUCAUCGCCCUUUGGUAUAUAUCCCAAGACGCGCUUCUCUGCUAUUACUUCCUCCGGCAUGUUGUAUUUUGUUGGAGAUCCAACGUUCCUUAGGGGAUUAACCGCAGAGUUUGAGAAAAGUUCCAAGUUUUUUAAUUACGUGAACGGUGGCAUUUACAACACGAUGAAAGAAGCUGAAAGACAAUUUGAGAACAACCCAUUCAAUUGGGGCAUCGUUCAUGUGCGUCGUGCUGACCGUCACGCCUUGGACGCUAUAAUUUAUCUUAAUGCUACCGCAGUGCCGGAUUUUGACGAGAUUGUUUCAGACGCCUACCCUGGCGGUUUUCAAUUUGACAGGGCGGAAAUGUACGUUCUGUCGGGCUACCUUACACUGCAGAAACUAAUAUCGGAGUACUACAUUAACCAACUUUCCCCCACGCUCCGUCUGGAUACAACUGCCUACAUUGCAUCUCAGGCGUUUGUCGAGUAUCGUCAGGCAACUUUUUUGAUGAAUGCACGCGACAUUCUGCCUCUCAUAUUUGUAUUGGCUUUUCUCUACUCCGUCUCAACACGAACGAAAGCAAUCGUAUUGGAGAAGGAAAUGCGUAUUCGUGAAGCAAUGCUCAUAAUGGGCAUGAAAGAUGUCGUGAUUUAUGCGGUAUGGCUUGUGAGAUCCGUUUCGAUUGACUUCUUUGUGUGUAUAUUCAUCAGCAUUCUAUUGAAAUGCACUUAUAUGACGCAAAGCGAUCCAUUCAUUAUCUUCUGUGUGUUUUUUUUAUUUACUUUGACGACCAUCCCACUUUCUGGACUCUUGUCUGCUUUUUUCAGCAAGGCUCGCCUUGCGUCAUUGCUUUCACCGAUUAUCUACUUUAUCCUGACGCUUCCGACUAUGGCCACCUCCGAAACGAACAGCGCACUGACUAUAAUUUUUGCCUUACUUUCACCUUCCGCUUUUGUUACAAUACUUAAACACAUCUUAGCGGAUGAAUUCGCGCGUGGGUUUUCCGCAAAAAAUCUGGCGGACAGUUUAUACGAACCAAAGACAGUAGUGGUGUUGUGUGUAAUGCUUGUUGAUUUUUUUAUCUAUUUUAUUCUCAUGUUGUACCUGGACGCCGUUAUACCAAAGGACUGGGGAACAAAUAAACACCCAUUCUUUUUUAUUAUUGAUCCUAUACGUUGGUACUUUUCAAAAGGAGACGUGUACGAGGGGGGUGGCCCUGACGGGCGGGCCCCGGAUGGUGUCUUUGAACAUGAUGGGGAAGAAGAGGAGGGAAUUGUGGUGAGAAUUUGUGGCCUGCGGAAGGUGUACCGGCGAGGCGGAAAGAGAUUUACUGCGGUGCAAAAUCUGUACUGGAAUCUGCGUGAGGGGGAGAUAUCUGUGUUGCUUGGACGCAAUGGUGCGGGGAAGUCGACAACGCUGAACAUGAUGACGGGCAUGGUGAGACCUGACGGCGGCGACUGCUACGUGUAUGGACUCUCAGUGCGGCACCAAUUAUCGCGUGUGCGGCGGGAGAUUGGAUUUUGUCCACAGCACAACAUUUUGUGGCCGGAACUGACAUGCCGCGAGCAUCUGGAGUUCUUUGCCAAAAUAAAGGGUCUUAAGGGGGCUGAGCUGGAGAAGGCGGUGCAGCGAAUGCUGCACGAGACAGACAUGUUAGAAAAGAUUGAUUUUCCUGCCAUGCGACUUUCCGGUGGGCAGAAGCGGAAGCUGUCUUUGGGUCUUGCGUUUGUGGGCCAGAGCCGUCUUGUGUUUCUUGAUGAGCCGACUGCUGGCAUGGACGUUGGUGCACGCCGUCACAUAUGGGAAUUGCUAAGGCGAAUGUCUUCCUUCCACACCAUCCUGUUGACGACGCAUUACAUGGACGAGGCGGAUUUACUGGGGCACCGGAUUGGUAUCAUGAAAAACGGCUCUCUACAAUGCUCUGGCAGCAGUUUGUUUUUGAAAUCCAGGUUGGGUUUGGGUUAUAGUCUUACUAUCGCCAUGGUCCCGGAUGGAGAUUUUGAUUCCAUCCAUCAAAUCGUAGAAGAAAAUAUUCCAAAUGUGUUGUUUCUUGGUUAUAGUGGUUUUCAUCUGUCGUACUGUUUGCCGAUGAGCGAAGCCUCGAAUUUUUCUGAACUCCUGUACAGCAUUGAAGGUCACGCUAAUUAUGGCGUAUGUGGAUAUUCGAUUUCUGCAGCAACUCUUGAGGAUGUAUUUUUGCG